AUGAACGGGAAUUGCACCGAGGAAGACGGAACCAGCUCAGCAUUCACGUCCAAGUUGUCCCCCAGUGCGGACAUCUGCGUGGGGCUCGCAAUUCUCUGCAUGGUGCUGCUGUCCAUGCUGGGGAAUGGCCUGGUUCUUCUCAUCUGUUACCGGCGAAGGAGGAUCUUGGUGGGCUCCGAACUGCUGUGCGUGAACCUGGCCGUGGUGGACUUCUUCUGUUGCGUGUUCUUCUACCCGCUCUCCAUCUUCUCGUCCUUCACGCACAUGUGGCUGGGUCAGAAGCUCACCUGUGUCUACUACGGUUUAGGCUGCUACAUCUUCGGCCUGUGCGGUAUGUUCACUAUAACGGCCAUCAGUGUGAUCCGCUACCUCAAGACCUGCUACAGCCUGCUCUACGUAUGGCUGGAGGGCAUGCGUGUCCGCUGGGUCUGUGCUGUCAUCUGGCUGGUGGCUGCGCUAUGGUCGUGCUUUCCGUUGUUCGGGUGGGGUGAGUAUGUUCCCGAGCCCUACGGCCUAUCCUGUACGGUGGCCUGGAGAGGCUACCACACCUCAGCUAAAGAUGCCUUCUACGUCAUCUGCUCGUUUGCCUGCUUCACGCUGGUGCCCGUGUUGCUCAUAGUGGUGUCCCAGGGCCUUAUCUUGUACAAAGUGUCGCGCUUCUCCUACUCCCUCUCCGUCCAGGGAAUCCGGAACAACCUGCGGCACACAGAGAAGAGGCUGACCAUGAUGUUCUUCUGCAUCAGCCUGGGUUUCAUUACCGCCUGGGCACCCUACGCUGUCGUCUCUUUCCUCUUCAUUUUCCACAAAGGCAGUGGUUACAUGGCUCCAGAGGGCUUUGUGUUGCCUGCGCUCUUCGCCAAAAGCUCGCACAUCUACAAUCCCUUCAUCUACUUUUACUUCAACAAGACAUUCCAGCGCGACCUGCGCCAUCUGCUGAGCUCCGCAUGUCCAUCACUGGGACGGAAUCGUGUGGGGGUGCACCUGGGCCCCGGUCACCCGGGACCUCAUCCCAUCCACAUCCAGAUGAUGGAGCAGCCCAAAGUGGUCAAUAAACAGGAGAGUUGCGAACCCAAGUGUAAAGUCCAUUUGGAGGAGAAUAGGCCCGUGUAUUUGUGCUGGGGAUCCACACACUCAGAUGAGACUCCACCUGCCCAAGAAGGAGCGGCCAAGAGCCUGAAACAAGACUCCAUAUGA